AUGGGUGUAAAAGCAUCCCGCGAAGACGAACCGAGUCGAUGGUUGCGUCGGUCGUUGGUCCGUUAUCUGUGCCUAACUCAAGUGCUUGUCUUCCGUGACAUCAGCGUUCCGGUUCGCAGACGUUUCCCCACUCUUGAGAGCCUCAUCGAUGCAGGGAUUCUUUUGGAAGAGGAAAAAGAGAAGCUGGAUGCGAUCAAGCUGCGGUACAACAAGUACUGGGCACCAAUACGCUGGAUCCAAGCAAUUGCUUUGCAAGCACGAAAAGAAGAGAAGAUUUAUGCGGAUUUGAUGUAUAGCAAGCUGUGCGAUGAAAUCAACAGAUUUCGGUACAGUUUGCAGCUAUUGUGCAAUUAUGACUGGGUGCCUCUGCCACUCGUUUAUUCACAGCCGGACUUAGUGCUGCCAGUGAUGACUAUGAUACAAUUCCUAUUUUUCAUCGGAUGGCUGAAGACAAGUUUAUGUAUCGCUGACAACUACGACCGUGUGCCGGAAGUACAACCGGAUCGCUUCUGGCGAUGUCGAAAUUUGCCCCCUCCUUCUUCUGAAAUGCCUUUGGUCGGAUCUGCUGUUAAUGCCAAGUACCAAUUUUUUUGCGAUUUUGCACAUUUAAGAUUGUGUGUGUGUGUGUCUGUGUCUGUGUUCGCGUCUUACCACCCUUGA